AAUCGGGGCAAUAAUACAGGUGAGAAGCGUGCAUGCAUUCAGCUCCGAAGACGGAGGUGGUGGUGGGGACCAAGCUCAUUGCAUCGCCGCGCCAUCUUCCACAAGACAGAAGAGCGUCAGCACUGAGCCACUGUGACCUUCCGGCCUGACAUUUCACGGCGGAAGCAUCGUCAUCGCCUUUUCUUGAACAAGAGACAAAACUGCACAAUCUCAAGCGGCCACAUGUUCGGCCCAGGAGGUGCUUUGCGUGGUUGUGAUUCCCACGAUCCAGACGCGAUGCUGUCCACAACGCAGCCCGAGUCGUGGAGAGGAUAUAUUUUGUACAGUCAAGGUAUAUCUGUGCUUCGCUCCCGAAACCGACCAGAGCUCAUUUCCAGGGCACAAAUAGGCGGUGCCGAGCGACGACUAGGAAUGUUCGCCUCCCGGCAAAAGUCCAGAGCAAUUCAUGGUGUUUGCUCGACACGGUCCAAAUCCCGGGUAAUUUAUUCCUCCUCUGAAUCACUCUCCUCGCUCGACUCGUUGUCGUGCUGCUCAUCUCCCUCCACAGGGAAGGGCUCCUGGCUCCCGCUGCCGUGGCGUGCAAGCUGCGCUUUGAGCUCCCGGAGCUGCUCGAUCUUGCGUUCUUGCUCAUGCUUGUUCAUGGGCUUGUUCUUCUUGCUCUUGGUGCCACCGGACUUCAUGAAGCCCUCCGGUUCCGGAGACUCCUGCUGCUUCGCAAAUUCAGGCUUCUUCUCAAGGUUGGCACGAAUGUGCGGGUGUGCCCGGUGGAUGAGGUCGUAGAGCCGGCCUAGAGCGUCGAUCGACAGAGCGUCGAUAUCAAGCUCCAUCUCACCAUCGUCAUU